CGGCCUUCUGUCCGUGAGACGUCGAUCGUUCUUAUUAUCGUCGUCGAAUUUACUUCUGGUGCUAUCAUCUCUUUAUUUACACCAAAUUUUAAUUAUAUCAAAUAUAACAUUUAUUAUUUUUGACAAAUAUCUAACAUUUAAAUACUCCAAUUUAUCAUAUCGUAGAAAUACGAAUACAAAUAAAAUCUAUCAGUAAAAAACGUGCUGGCAGUUCUUUGUGUUUAGAUCGCUUACGGUCUGUGGAAAAAGAUCUGAUUAAAUUUUAUUUUUAUGGCUGGCAUACGGGGCUAGUAGGCCCUAUAGUUUAUUGAGUCGCACGUGCGAUUACACAGCCCGUAACCGAUGAGUGUUAGAUUGACAGGGGGUCAUAUGGUGAAGCAGAGGCGGUUUAUUGGUAAUACUAAUAACAAAAUGAUAAAUAUACGAGAAAAUUUAUUAGGCAUGAUCUAGAUAUUUGAGUAAUAAAUAAAUAAUAAAUAUUGUUUAUAACUAUAAAUUUUGAGCUAAAGGAAUAUUUAACGCUGAACAAAAUAAAUAUUAAAUUUUUCAUAAGGUAUUUUUAUUUUGUCGUGUACACAUAUUUACGGAAGUGGAUUUUUAUGCAUAUAUUUAAAAAUGAAAUUUUGCUAGAAGGCAAGUAAAAGGCACUUACAUUACGUGGUGGCAUACGUAGGAGCUAAAUCUCAUUGUCACCGGAGGUGAAUAUUGAGAAUUUUCAAAGGGUGCUAUCAUCAUCACUGCCUACAUCUUUGAAAGUAUUUUGUCGAAAAAUAAACAGGAGAAAGAAACUUCCUACGUUGUGAUUUUGACGAAUAGUCAGUUUUUCCAUACAGAUGAAAAAAAAUAUUGUUUUUAUGUACAUAAGGCUCGAUAAAGAUUUGUAGAUGUGUAUAUAAAUUUAUAUAUAGAUAUAUGUAAGCUUGUGAUUGAUUUUGUGAUCUGGAGUUUCAUUGAAACAAACUUCGAGAUUGUUUUAUUUUAUAAAGUUUUUAGGUUUACGAGACUGGAUAGUUUAAAAAAAAAUAAGUUUGCAAAAGCCAAAGGAUAUAAGUGAUAUAAAAAUAUAAUUCAGUAUUUAAUUAGGAGAUUUCAAGUUGGAGAUUUUAAAGAUUAUUAUUAAAUAAAUAAAUAAAAGUCUACCAGAAUAUUUAAAUUAAAUAAUAUAUAGAUAGAAAACGUACAAAUAUUGGAUGGUUUAAACCAUCAACAUAUUUUUUAUUUCUGGAAUUUUAUUUACUUAUGCCGUCCAGGCAGUGUUUCAUCAUAAUGAGUUGUUAACUGAGAAUGCGCGAUGACGCAGCGAAUUUACCAGUGGUCCACGAACCCUCUCGAGGGAGCCCCGCAGAGUAUCCAAAUGGAGCCUCCCAAGACAAAAUCCAAUCGUCAAGAAAAGAUCCCCUUGAGGUACACACAACAAGACAAGGAGAAGGAUAAAAAGGAAACAGAAUAUAUAUUGGAUGAUGAUGAGCCAAUUGAAUUUGUUCCACCGCAGACAAAGGAGGAAAAGCCAGCUCCAGAGGCACCAUCUUUACCACCCGUGCCUUAUUACAAACUCUUUCGAUUUGCGACAUUCGGCGAGUUGAUGUAUGUGCUUGGAGGCCUUAUCAUGGGCACCAUGACGGGCCUGUGUAUUCCAGUUGCAAAUAUACAGUAUGGUGAGUUCACUACACUUUUGGUGGAUCGUAAUAUGAAGAAUCAAACCAGCACACCGACUUACAUCAUGGAGAUGUUUGGUGGUGGAAAGGUCUUAGGACCUAAUGCAACGUUUGAGGAGAGAAUGGAUGCAUUGUAUGAUGACUCAGUGGCCUUUGGCGUAUCCUGUGCAGCUCUAUCGACACUGCAAUUUAUCUUCGCGAUAUUUACAGUGGAUCUUUUGAAUGUCGCCGCUUUUCGUCAAAUUCACAGGAUCCGACGUAUGUUUUUACAGGCAGUACUGCGACAGGAUAUGGCUUGGUACGACACCAAUACAUCGACCAACUUUGCCAGCAGAAUUACUGAGGAUUUAGAUAAAAUGAAAGAAGGAAUCGGUGAAAAAUUAGGUGUCUUUACAUAUUUGAUGAUCUCAUUUGUAUCAUCAAUAAUAGUGUCCUUUUAUUAUGGUUGGAAGCUUACACUAGUGGUACUGAGUUGUGCACCAGUAAUUGUCAUUGCCACUGCGAUCGUAGCCAAGGUUCAGAGCUCACUUACUGCAUUAGAAUUGACGGCCUAUGGUCAAGCGGGUAGUGUAGCUGAAGAGGUUCUUGGCGCGAUUCGUACGGUAGUGGCAUUUGGUGGUGAAAAAGUUGAAGUUGAUCGUUACACUGCCAAAUUAGUACCUGCCGAAGCGACUGGUAUUAAACGUGGAAUGUGGUCUGGAGUAGGUGGUGGUAUUAUGUGGUUUAUUAUUUAUCUGAGUUAUGCAGUCGCAUUCUGGUAUGGUGUACAACUAAUUCUAGAAGACCGUCCGAAAGAAAUAAAAGAAUAUACACCAGCAGUAUUGGUUAUUGUCUUCUUCGGUGUACUUGCUGGUGCACAGAACAUGGGACUUACUUCGCCACAUCUCGAAGCUUUUGCUGUUGCCCGUGGAUCUGCGGCCACUGUUUUCCAAGUGCUUGAUCGUAUUCCGACCAUUGACAGUCUGAGUACUGAAGGCCAGAAGCUCGCCAGCGUCAGCGGUGAAAUAGAAUUUAAAGACGUCCACUUCAGAUAUCCAGCACGUAAAGACGUUAAAGUCCUUCAGGGAUUAAAUUUGAAGAUUAGACACGGAGAAACUGUUGCUCUAGUCGGUGGAUCUGGGUGUGGUAAAUCCACGUGUCUUCAGCUUAUUCAACGUCUCUAUGAUCCUCUACAGGGCCAGGUAAUGUUAGAUGGAGUUGACAUAUCCAAACUAAAUGUCGCAUGGAUGCGGUCGCACAUUGGUGUAGUUGGCCAAGAACCUGUGCUUUUUGAUACAACCAUAAGAGAGAAUAUACGAUACGGUAAUGACAGUGUCACAGAAGAGGAGAUGAUUAAAGCAGCUAAGGAAGCUAAUGCACACGACUUCAUUAGUAAAUUACCAGAGGGUUAUGACAGUCCUGUUGGUGAACGCGGAUCGCAAUUAUCAGGUGGACAGAAACAAAGAAUAGCAAUAGCCCGCGCGUUAGUCCGUAAGCCGAAAAUUUUGAUUUUGGACGAAGCGACAUCUGCGCUAGAUCUUCACAGUGAAGCGACAGUACAACGUGCGCUUGACGCAGCUGCCAAAGGCAGGACAACGGUUGUUGUUACUCAUCGGCUCUCGACCAUCACAAAUGCCGAUAGGAUUGUCUUCAUUAAGGAUGGACAGGUGGCUGAAAUGGGAACACAUGAGGAAUUACUAGCAUUGGGAAAACAUUAUCACGGAUUAGUGUCUGCUGAUGCCAGCGAAACUGCCAAAGCUAAAGCAACAGCAACUGCGGCAAAAAGUACAGUGCCAGCUAAACCAAAAGCCAAACCACCAUUGAAAAAACAGUUCUCAACACUGUCAAUGCACUCACAUCGUUUGUCACUGGCCGGCGCAUCUACAACUUCUGAAGAAGAACUCGAUGAGCAUGAAAAAGCUUACGAUGCACCCAUGGGAAGAAUCUUUGGGCUCAACAAACCCGAAUGGCCAUUCAAUUUAAUUGGUUGUCUAGCAGCAGCAACAGUUGGAGCAUCAUUUCCAGCGUUUGCCAUGUUAUUUGGUGAUGUCUACUAUGUAUUGGGUUUAGAAGAUCCGGAUGAAGUUCGCGAGAAGACAGUUACAUUCUCAAUUUACUUUGCCAUCGUCGGAGUGGUAACUGGAAUAGGAACCUUCUUGCAGAUGUACAUGUUUGGAUUGGCUGGUGUACGAAUGACUGCGCGUAUACGUAAAAUGACAUUCUCGGCGAUAUUGAAACAAGAAAUGGGAUGGUACGACGAGGAUACAAACAGCGUGGGUGCAUUGUGCGCUCGUUUGUCAUCAGAUGCAGCAGCUGUUCAAGGAGCAACUGGGAGUCGUAUUGGUGCUAUUCUUCAAGCAAUGUCAACACUGGUACUUGGAAUAGGUUUAUCAAUGUACUACUCGUGGAAAAUGACAUUAGUGUCUGUGAUAACAAUACCCCUAGUACUUGGAUCAGUGUUUUUUGAAGCUCGGAUAAUGGGCGGUCAAGGUUUACAAGAGAAGAAAAAAAUGGAAUGUGCGACGCGAAUAGCAGUCGAAGCUAUUUCUAAUAUUCGUACUGUUGCGAGUUUAGGUAAAGAACGCGCCUUUCUUGAGCGUUACUGUGUUGAGUUAAACCAUGUUGCUAAAGCCACAAGAAUCAGAAAUCGUCUACGUGGUCUUGUAUUCUCAUGCGGGCAGACAAUUCCUUACUUUGGGUACGCUCUCAGUCUCUAUUAUGGUGGUUAUCUUGCGGCCAGAGAGGGUCUGUCCUAUCAGGAUGUGAUAAAGGUUUCCGAGGCACUGAUCUUUGGUUCGUGGAUGCUCGGUCAGGCACUUGCUUUUGCUCCCAAUUUCAACACCGCUAAGAUAUCCGCUGGUAGAAUAUUUAGACUAUUAGAUCGAGUACCGGAAAUUACAACACCGCCGGAAUUGGAGGGCAAAGAUUCUGACUGGAAGGCUGAUGGUUUGAUACAGUUUUCAAAAGUUGAAUUCCACUAUCCGACGCGUUCAGAGCAACAGAUUCUUCGCGGUCUCAAUCUUAUUGUUAAGCCUGGGCAGAUGGUAGCGCUUGUGGGUCAAAGUGGAUGCGGUAAAUCAACGUGCAUUCAAUUACUUCAGCGUUUGUAUGACCCGCUUACUGGCAGCGUUACAAUGGAUCGUCGGGAUAUCACAUCGGUAUCUUUGUCUGCUCUACGUGCGCAGUUUGGUGUUGUAGGUCAAGAGCCAGUGCUGUUCGAUCGCACUAUCGCUGAAAAUAUUAUGUACGGUGAUAACAAUCGGGUUAUCACGAUGGAUGAAGUUAUUGAGGCUGCGAAAAAAUCUAAUAUUCACAGUUUCAUCAGCUCUCUACCUUUGGGUUAUGAUACCAGACUCGGAAGCAAAGGAACACAGCUCUCUGGUGGUCAGAAACAACGUAUCGCUAUUGCGCGUGCUUUGGUCAGGAAUCCAAGAAUUUUACUUCUUGAUGAAGCAACAUCCGCACUGGACACGCAGAGUGAAAAGGUUGUUCAAGCGGCCCUGGAUAAAGCUAUGGAAGGGAGAACUUGCAUCACUAUAGCUCAUCGUCUGGCGACCAUAAGAAACGCGGACGUGAUUUGCGUCCUGGAAAAGGGUAUGGUCGCGGAGAUGGGUACUCACGAUGACCUAAUAGCUGCAGACGGUCUCUACGCUCACCUCCACGCCCUCCAGGAAGCAGCCAUGGAGUAAAUUUCAAAGUUCUCGGGGCUCCAAUACCAGUUUAUUUUUAAAAAUUACAAUAUCAUUUAAUAUUAUUUUUUUUUUCAUUUUAUCCGUUUCAUUUUUUGUCAAACAAACGAGAUAAAAUGGGAAUUAAUGGAAAAUAAAAGUAGCAAGACAAUUUAUAAAUCCCUUUAAAGCUAUAUUACAACAUUAGUUAAAUCUCUAGUGUGCGCAUUUAAACGUUAGGUAGAAGGUGUGUAAGAGAAGUAAAUGAACAAUGCACGGCUUAGUCGUUAAUUGAUGGAGCACCGGGAACUUUUAGGGCUGGUUAUACGACUUAAUUUUUUUUUUGCCCGUUUACAUUUAUCAUAUCACAAGAAUCAUGACUACUUUCGUUUUAUUAUAUUUUUUUCUUUACUCAUUUUUUUUUUUUUGAUAAAAACAAUAAUCCUCAGCUUUUUGGAUGAUACUUUAAUCCCUUCUUAAUGUACGAUAAGAUUUAUUUUUAUAGUUCUUUAGGUUUUUAAAUUAGAUUUAACUUUUAACAAAAAAAAAAUCAUGAUAUCUAGUGAUCAUUUAAGAAUCUGUUUAAACAUUAACUUUUUAUUUAAUUCUUAAAAUAGCAUAUUUUUUAUUAACAUUUCUUCAUCAAUCGGUACUGUAUUAUUAAAAUGAUUAUCAAAAUUAUCGUUCCUUUAUUUUGGAUCCAUUUAAAUUGCUCUAUAAAAGUAUUAUCGAAAUUCGCUUACGAGUUCAUGACAAAGUCUCGCCAAAUAUUUAAAAAAAGUUGAUAAAAAAAAAAUCUAUUCAACGAUUGUCGAGACGAAACAAUUGGAAUACUAUAUCUGUCUCUCCGUUGACGAAUCAAUCGAUUCUCUAUACAGAAAUAGAGUAGUUGCAUAAGGUCAUGCACCUCGAGUAAAAAGGUUCAAUAUCUUCAGAAAGUAACCUCAUAUAUUUAACUUUAUAUAUAUAUAUAUAUAUAUAAUGAAGAACAAAAGAAAUCACAUACACGCAUGCCUUGGAUUACGGAUUACAACCUACAGUUUUUACGUUAAUAUAUGAAUAUAUAUAUAUACGGAUAACACAUUGUACAGCAACGAUUUUUCUUCUAACGAACUAUCAUGAAAUAUGUAUGAGUCUACAAACAGAGCACGUAAAUUCGUGUUUUAUGCGUUCACUCGUUCUUGGGUUUUUAUCGUAAAUUAUCAUAAAUAUCUACAUAUUAUUCAGCGAUGAAACAUUGUACGCGGAAAAAUAUAAUAUAUAAUAAAAUAUAAAAUAUUGUUGUUAUAAAUUCUGUUGAUAAAAUAAUAUAUAUAUAUAAAAUUUUGUGUUUAUAAAUAUUAAACGAUAAUCACAAUAUCAAUACUUUGUUGCUAGUAAUUAUGAUAAUUACAUAUUUAUACAUAAAUAAUCAGUUGCGUUCUGCUGGUAACAACGGAUAAUUAUAAAAUAAACUGAUCCUAAGGACAUUGAAAAGUAGGUAAAUAAAUUUAAAAUUAUACUCAAGGCCUUGCGUGAUUUUUUCUUCACAAAAGUUUUAAAAAUUAUGGUGAAGAAAUUUAUCUUUUUAAAUUUUCGUGCACAAAAUUAAACGUUAAUUAAUAAGGAAUGUGAGAUACUCGUGCCUCAUUAAUUUAAAUAAAUCAUUCAAAUAUUGCUUACCAUGUAAACUAUAUAUACAUUUAUAAUAAAUACUAUAUUUAUAAAUUAUAUAAAUUUUUUAGAUAAAGUUAAGAGAUUUUUUGUAAUCGAUCGUGCCUAAUUAAAAUGUCAGGACAAAUUUUCUAAAUGCGGAGUACUUAAAAGUAUUCAGUCGUUAUCAUGGAAAAAAAAAAAAUGUAAACAUGAUUAACGAUUUUAAAUCAAAACAA